AUGCCUCGCGUUUACAUAGGACGACUUGGCUAUCAUGUCCGUGAAAAAGACGUCCAGCGUUUUUUCGGCAGUUUCGGCAAGCUCUUGGAAGUCGAUUUAAAGAACGGUUACGGUUUCGUGGAGUUCGAGGACAACAGAGACGCGGACGAUGCCGUUUACGAGUUGAACGGGAAGGAUCUGUGCGGCGAUAGGGUGAUCGUCGAGCAUGCACGCGGGCCUCGGCGGGACCGGGAUAGCUUCGGUGGGGGUCACUGGGCAUGUGGGGGGCACAGCAGUGGUGGCUACAACAGCCGGAGCCGCCCGGGCAGAGACAAGUACGGACCUCCCGUUCGUACUGAGUAUCGUCUGAUUGUGGAAAACUUGUCGAGCCGUUGCAGUUGGCAGGACCUGAAGGAUUUCAUGCGUCAGGCAGGCGAGGUCACCUACGCCGACGCCCACAAGGAGCGCACUAAUGAGGGAGUGAUUGAGUUCCGCAACCAGUCUGAUAUGAAGCGCGCUAUGGACAAGUUGGACGGGACUGACAUCAACGGGAGGAAGAUUCGUCUGGUGCCGGACUGGCCUCGCAGGCGAAGGUCCUAUUCUGGCAGCCGUUCCAGGUCUCGAAGCCGCCGUCGUUCCCGCAGCAGGAGCCGCAGGAGCUCCAGGAGUCGCUCAAGAUCCAAAUCUCGGUCCGGGUCGCCCAGCAACAAGAGAUCCAAAUCAGGCGGGAGCAAGUCUCGUUCUCGCAACCGCAAAUCCCACUCACGCUCCAAAUCCAAAUCCCCAUCCCGUUCCCCCGAGCGCAAAUCCAAGUCCCGCUCAAAGAGUCACUCCAAAGUGAAGUCGGAGCGCGAUUCCCGUUCUCGCUCCAAGGAGAAGGCCGAUGAGAAGUCCCGCAGUCGCUCGGGCUCCCCCAUGGAGAAUGGUAACGAAGAGCGGGUGGCCAAAUCCGCAUCCCGUUCCCCUUCCCCGCGUGAGGACGACCGCCGUUCCCAGUCCAGGGAGGGGCGCUCGGCCUCUCGUUCAAGAUCACGUUCGCGAUCUAGAUCGGCUUCUCAGGAUUAG